AAUCAUCCUCAUAGCCAUCUAGUUCACGAACACUUCUAGAUAUGGAGGAAGGAAGAUUGACAUUGACUUGCAACUACAGAGGAUGCCGUCGAGCUUUGGAAAGUAUAGCCUGGGUCACAAAUUGUUUUCAUGUCUUCUGCAAUGACCACGGAAGUCUGCUCAUUAAGGCUUCAAGUGAAUGCCAAGCCUGUGGAACCCUCCUCUCAGAAGAGAAUAACUUGGUAAGAGUGACUCUAAAUCCUCGAGAAUAUUUUAGAAAUAUGGCACUGAUGGGCCUUCCGCCGGAGCAUGUGCUGGAAAUAAGUCGCCAAGCCAUCAGCUUUUGGAGUUACCAGAUGGAACAGGAACAUAGGUUUCAGGCUAACGUUUCAAAGCGAUACAAGGAAGGCAUCAAAAUCACCCAGAGCUAUUACGAACAGGAGCUUAGGACUCUUGAAGGUCACAACCAAGCUUUAUGGAGGCAACUUGAGAGAAUACAGCAGGAACUCCAGAAAAUACGAGGAGAGAAGGAAAUUCUGAAUGAAAAAUUGAUUGAGAAUCAGUCUUGCCAGAGACCCAAGUUUGGUCAUGACCCCAUGAGGAAACGCAUUGGGAUUUCUGUGAUAGACGAAAUGAUUGCAAACAAGGUACCUCAUGGGCUAGCCACAUUUAAUCCUCAACUUCCCAAUCCUGUGGUGACCUCAUCAGGUGUAGCAUUUCCACCAAUGGAGGUUAAGCUGUCUAGAGCUACUGAUGCCCCUCUUAGACUUUCUCACUUAGAUUUGGCAGUCUCACAUCCUGCCACAUCCUUGGGGACUUACAUCCAGAAACAGCCAAGCACAAGUGGAGUGGAGCUUAGCAAGGGAGUUGAUAGUUGCUUUCAAACUCACGAAGUUAAUCCUUCAAAUGUCAGUACUCAACAUAUGCAGUACGGUCAUCAUCAGCAAGCACCUGUCAAAGAUCAGGAGCUUCAGCCCACUUCUACUUCUCCCUGGGAUAUGAAUCUGCCCAGCAGUUCAAGACACAACAGUACAUCUACUCAGGCUCUCUCCUCUGCCAAAUACAAAGAGUUUGUUUUUGCCCCUGUCUUGCAAGAGAACCGGUCUGACCAGGCAAUGAGCUGUCAGAGUUCCACCAAAAGUUUCUAAAAUGUCAUGCAAUGAAAUGAAUGCAAAUAGUAAGUUAGCAGUUCCCUCUCCACUAAGAAAUUUUGAAAUAACUAAUAUUGCAUUUGUAUUCAAACUGUAGAGAAGAUUUGAUAUGACAGUUAUCGAAUGUUUGUCCUGUUAAAAAAAUGAAGUAUUGCUUUUUUUUUUUUAAAUACUUGCAUUGUUUACUCUUUAGCUAGUGGUUGAAAAUGGAGUAUGCUGUAUCAAAACUUUACAGGAGAACACAGCUGGUAGCCCAUGUUUUAUUCACUGAUUCUGUGGAAGUAUUAGAUUGUAGAUAGUUGAGUUUCGUUGAAAUGGGCAUUCGUUUUUGUAGUUUUUAAAUUACUUUGUCCAUGGUGAACAGUGAUGCUGGACUAGAUGUUACAACUAUCCUGGUGUUGUUUCUUCAUAACGACAUUGGAAAAUGUAGUUCAGUCAACAUUUUUGUAAUUGUAAGUAGCUUUGUCUUCAACAGAUUUUGGUAGAUGUGAUCAUGCAACAGUAUGUAGUGUCAUUUCCCUAUUGAAGCCAGUGGCAAGUUUAUUUCAGCCAAAAUGGACUUCUAUUAACUGUAGUUGUAGAAUUGUCAAUAUAAUUUUCUUCACUGCAUACUGGUUUAUGCAUCGUCUGUUUCUUCCUAUUUUAUCAUUAGAUGUACAGUGGUUCGUGAAAAUGUUCAUAUUAUUUCUGUAGGUACAGUAUAAUAAGUUAGUUUCAUAAGUGCUCAUAUUUUUCAGGGAAAGUUCUUUAUCAAGUAUGAGUUUACAUAUUGUAACCAGUGUAUUAGUGCGAUUGACUUUAGUCGUCAAGAAAAAUGGGAAAGUGAAGUUCCUUAAAAGAUCUGGGGCUGUGGAUUUUUAUUUUAUGAAGGUUUAUGCUGGAGUAGAAUAUAAAUAAGAACUUAGUAGGUAAAGAGCCUGAUUGUAUGCAUAUGCCUACCAGUACUUUUUGUUUUGUGAUUAUUCAUCUCUGUCUUGUUCUCUUGUUUAUAUAUUUUGUAUUUGUUCUUAAUAGGAGGUUUUUAUCGAACCUCAACCAUUAUAUUUCAUAGUUUCUUUGAGAAUAUAUACUUUUUUUAAUGUUUUGGAACUAAGCUAAUAUAUUAA